UGUCGCUUCUCUGUGGUAGGUAUUCUCGGCCGAUGAGUCCACUGUUUGAUCUGAUGGAUUCAUUUUUUGGUCUAUUCGAGUCGUUAUCGCGUUUGUAUUGGAUGAAGUAAUCCAACGGAAAUUUUCUGAAUCAAAGAAUUCCCCUUAAUGACACAAAUAAUGAUAUGUCAGUCGGACUCUGAGUAAAGAAGAAAACGUUACGAGAUUCGUCAGUUGUUUGGUCGUUUUUUGUUUGCUGCUUGAAGUUGGAUAACAAAAUAGCAAUAACAAAAGUAACUCAUCAUCAUGUCAUUCAAAAACGAUCUGAAACAACUCUUCAAACCUUACUACAUAUUCAAUAUUCUGCUGAGUUUUUCAUAUAUUGUAAUUAAACGGUUGCCAAUAGUUUGUAACUAUGUGUUUUCUACAAAUGAUUGUGAAUUUGAUGGGAGAGAAACGGAAAUCCUGUUCUUUCUUAUAAUAGUAAUAGCAUUGAGAACAAGAAAAGCAGGAAGUGUUACAAUGAUAAAUUAUUUAUCAUCAAGUUUUACUUAUACCAAAGUUGCCAAUUUGAUACUGUGGUUUAGUGCUGACUUUUUGAUGGGUUUGGUAUUUGCUGUAAUAAUUAUACUUGGUGCUUUAUUAUUACCAGAACCCACAUACUCUGACCCUGAUAAAGUUAUUUAUUUUCGAGGAGUGCAAGGUUUAGAUGAUGAAUUAGCAAGAGAUAAAAAAGUAUCUUGGCUCAUAACUUUUUACACCGCUUGGAAUCCAGCCUGUGUUAACUUUGCACCUAUCUUUGCUAAACUCAGCACCGAGUAUUGCUUGGAUAACCUUAAAUUUGGAAAAAUAGAUAUUGGAAGACAUCCUGAUGCAGGGAAAAAAUAUCAUGUUAGUGACAGCAGCCUUAGCAAACAGCUACCUACUGUAAUUCUGUUUCAAGAAGGAAAGGAGAUAAUAAGAAGACCUACGGCAGAUUCCCAGGGAAAACUUAUCAAUUUUUUAUUUUCCGAGGAUAAUAUAAAAGCAGCCUUUGGUUUAAGUGGAUUGUAUGAGAAAUGUAAACAUAUCCCACUUAAGAAUACUAAACCUCAUGUUGACUAAUUUAGUGUGUUACUAGAAAAGACUUUUCUAUGAAAGGUUUUGAAAAAACUGACAUUGUUGUAUGUGUGUUAUUUA